UUUUUUUUUUUCUAUUUUUUAAAAAAAGCGUAAACAUAUGCCCCCUCGUUUUUUAACAUAUUUAUAAGAAACGAGCCAAAGCCAAAAGUAAUUAGUAAAGAUGAAUCAAGAAGACCCUAAUGCCGAAACGAUUCGAGACUGUCGAGCGAGCCAACUUCAGUCUUGUAGACAACGGAUAGCAUUAUUUAAAGGAUUACAAGUGGAUAAUUAUGAAGACAGAGGAACAGCACUUGAAAAGAUCAUUCAAGUUGUCAAAUCAUAUAUCCGUAGUUCGCUCUCGCCAUCAAUUACAACGUCACCUACUUUAUCAGAUCAUUCAGUAACAGAUCAUAUACUUAAUAAUCAAGAUGAUGAAUAUAGUAAACAAUUAUUUUAUUACCUGUUGACUAUACUCAGACUUUCCAUUACUUGUCCUUACGCUGAUGUUCGUCAAACCUUCAAAGAUCUAUUAAUUGGCCUCAAGGAGACAACAUCCAUUGCAAUUCCACAAGCAAAAUAUAAAUCACCAUCCCACUUUAUUCCUAUUUAUGAUAUAUUCUCUUUAGAAUCAAACACUUCAACUUAUCAACAAGCUGCUGUACUCUAUCCGCGCUCAUCCAACCUAUCCUUUUCACCUUGGUCCUAUACAAACUCAUUAAUCGAUGAAGAAGAGAAAAUACAACUACAAAAAAAGCAACAGGAGGAGGACGAUGAUUAUGAAGAAGAGCCAGAUCCGUCCAUGCCUACCACUGCAACUACAAUUACACCCACGAUGAAACCCAUCAAACAAAAUUCAAUAUGUUCUUCUAUUCAUAGUAAUGAUUUCACAGGCGGAAGGCCCUCCGACGAAUAUGUACGGCAGAUGAUGAUCAAGACCUUCACAGACGAAGGGAGAUUGGCAAACUUAUUUCGUGUCUUGUCUUUCUUUCCAACUUUCUUUGAAAUAUAUCAUAUCACAUUUACAAAAAUCAUCAAAGGGAAUAUGGGCCCAUUGCACCGUACGUGGAAAACGUAUAUCGGAUUGAUGGUCGCUGCUGAACAACAAUGCCAAUACAUGUUUUCCGUCAUGAAAAUUGAUUUUCUUUAUAACGGUGGUGAUCCGAACUGGUUAAGAGGCCUUGAUUUUAUUCCUCAGAAAUUGAGACAGAUAUCGGUAUUAGUAUUAAAGCUAUCCAGACAGCCUUGGCGAUUAAAUACGGAUGAUAUCAUGAACCUCUUGACAGGUGGUGUGGGGGAUGCUUGGACAAGAGGUGAACUUGUUCAGGCUACCUUGAUUAUCUCCACAUUCUUAGGCCUAUCUAGUUUUGUCAUGGGUUGUGGUAUCACACCCGAAAUCGAUAUGACGGGCGGCUUCUAUAUUCCCACACAAGAUUGUAUCAAUGGUGGAAUUGAAAAUGAGCUGGACUUACCUUAUCUAUCUGAAAACAAUGCAAUGGCAUGGCAUCAACAAGAUGACACCUUUUCUUCAGAUCACGGUGUAGGUUUAGGGGUGUCUACCUUGGAUCUAGAUUUGGAUCAUACACAGGAAAUUAUCAAUAAACUUAAAUCCAAAAAGAAUUGCGAUGUGAAGGAGCAAUUACUGGAGAGCUUGGAAAAGAUGAAAAUACAAGAUGGCAACAAAAUGUCCAUCAACACAAGCUUUAAUACCCCUCGGUCCCUUGAAGAAACCCAAGAAGAGCCAACAGUUACUGCUACUGAAGUCAAUAAGAUCUAUGAUGAUUUAAAAUGCUUUGUUGAUCCGAUUUUGAGUGAAGCUAUAGUACACGAAGAAUUUGAUCAAGAAAAUGAGGAAUAUAUGGAAUUCAUGUUGGGGGAAUAUUGCUGGGAGGAUCAUGGAUGUGAUCUAGCCAACCAUUUCUUGCCUGGAAUUGGGGAUGAUUUAGUACAAGAGUUUACCGAAGCAAUCAGUAUCACUGACUGGAGUAUCUUUCACCCUGUGGUUGAAGAUGUAGUGGAUACUUCACCAUUACGAUACGCAAUUUGGUAUCAUACACAAAAGAUUAUGGGCGUUACCAAGGAAGACUAUACGUACUCUGAUAUACCCACCUUUUUAAAUGACCGUACUACGAAAUAUAUCCAUAGUCUUUGUAUGUCUCCGCACAAGAUUCAAAAGAAUGAUUGGUGUAACAUUGGUAUUUCUCUCAGGCCAGAAGAGAAAUGCCAUGUCAACUUAUUGGUUGCUUCUGCCAGAAAACAAGCGGUUUUAUGUUAUGGUCUAUGCUUAAUAUCCGAAGUAUAAAUAAAAUACCACUCUUUUUUUUUUU